AUGCCGUUCGAUGCUCGAGAAGCCACCAUCAAUUCGGUGCAUCAUGCGCUCUACUCUGGACUCUCGUCGUGUCGCGAGGUCGUGUCUUCUUUCCUCGCCAAUAUCGAAGCCCACAACAACCGGACGAACGCUAUAAUCACCUUGAAUCCGAAUGCCUUGACCAUCGCCGACGAGAUGGACGAGCAGCUCUCGGCUGGCAACGCUACUGGACCUCUCUUCUGCGUUCCCAUACUACUCAAAGACAACUACGACACAGCAGACAUGCCAACUACUGGUGGUAAUCUAGCUUUGGCGCAAUCACUGCCGACCGAAGAUGCCCCAAGCGUAAUGGCCUUCAAGAAAGCAGGGGCUAUCAUCCUAGGCAAGGCUAACCUGCAUGAGCUUGCGUUGGAGGGUAUCAGCGUGUCGUCACUUGGCGGACAGACCAUCAACCCAUACGACUCCACUCGAACACCAGGCGGUAGUUCGGGGGGUACAGGCGCAGCUGUCGCCUCUUCGUUUUGCGUGUUUGGCACCGGAACGGACACUGUAAACUCGCUCCGCAGUCCAGCAUCAGCCAACUCACUAUGUAGCAUUCGGCCCACACGCGGGUUGAUCACUCGAACAGGAAUCAUUCCCAUAUCAACUACACACGAUGUCAUUGGACCCAUCGCAAGGACACUUAAAGACGUCGCAACAGCGCUGACGGUGAUGGCUACAACCGGUUAUGACGCAGCUGACAACGACACCGCACUAGUCCCAAGCUCCGUCCGCAACAUCGACUACGCUUCCUCUUUAUAUAAAACCCCCUUCAAUGGCCUGCGCAUUGGCGUCCUAAACGGUUUCUUCAACCGCACCGAUGCACCCGAAGUCACACCCGUCAACCACGCCAUGGACACCGUCAUGUCGCGCCUCUCAGCAGAAGGCGUAACCCUAGUGCCUAUCAACGACACCAUCUACAACGCAACCGCCAUCCAGACCGCCUACGAUGUCCAGCGCUUCGAGUACCGCGAGCUCAUGGACCAGUACCUCGAACGGCCGUCCCUCCAAGGCGAGCACCCCAGCACACUACGCGACCUAUACUCUCGCAAAGCAGUCAACGGCUCCGUCGGCGAGUUCCUCGUUCUCCCUUCGCAGUACGAGUACGUCAACACCGCUCUCGUAUCCUCCACGGGUAACGCUACAUACAACGACCGUCAAGCCGGAAUCCGUAACCUCAAACUCGCCCUCCUCAACACGUUCACUUCCAAUAACCUCGAUGCGAUCAUCUACCCCGAGCAAAAGAAUCUUGUUGUGAAAAUCGGUUCGCCUUCACAGUCUGGUCGAAACGGUAUCUUGGCUGCGUUGACGGGAACGCCUGUUGUUACUGUGCCAGCAGGCUUUUCGGAACCGAGUGAGGAGGCGCCGGUUGGCGUACCGAUUGGUAUGGAGAUUUUGGGGAGGCCGUGGGAAGAGGACAAGUUGUUGGGGAUUGGGUAUGCAGUUGAGCAGUUGUUGAAGGUUAGGAAGAGUCCGGUUUGGGCGAGAGAGAGGGUGGAGGCGGGGAGGUAUGAUAGUGUGCCUGUUGUAGUGCCGAACAAGGGGAAUAUUCCGGCUGUUUAUCCGUUGGGGACGCUGUAA